AUGAACCAAGUCUACGAGCUGCUCGAUCGAGGCUAUCUGCCAGAUAUCGUGCUGCGACGGGCCAUCCGGCUGCUCAACGCACAACGCAUCCGCAGCCUCGCCAAGCCCGAAGACGAUUUCGGCCAGCACGUCUCUAUCAAAAAGGAGUACAUCCGUUCGCUCAAGACACGCGAGAUCGCCAUCGAGCAGGACAAAGCCAAUGAGCAGCACUACGAGGUCGACACGGGCUUCAUGCUCAGCUGUCUAGGUAAGCGCGUCAAGUACUCGUGCUGCCUCUACGAGACCGGCCGCGAGACGCUCGAUCAGGCGGAAGAGGCGAUGCUCAACUCGUACUGCGAGAAAGCAGGACUCCAAGAUGGUCAGGAUGUGUUGGAUCUAGGGUGUGGGUGGGGGUCGCUCUCACUCUACCUGGCAGAGAGGUAUCCGAACUCGCGUAUCCAGGCGCUGUCUAAUUCGCGCACGCAAAAGAUCUACAUCGACUCGAUUGCCGCCACUCGCGGCUUCAAGAACUUGGAAGUGCACACGGGUGACGUCAAGACCUAUGCCUUCCCCGAAUCGUCCUUCGACCGCAUCCUCAGCAUCGAGAUGUUCGAACACAUGAAAAACUACUCGCUCCUCUUCCGCAAAGUCGCCUCCUGGCUCAAGGACGGCGACGAAUCCCGCUUGUUCAUCCACAUCUUCUGCCACCGUACCACACCCUACCACUUCGAAGAGGACGACGGAUGGAUGGCACAGAACUUCUUCAGCGGAGGAACCAUGCCCUGCUUCGACCUCUUCCAGCACUUCCAGCAGCACGUCACCCUCGAGGAUAUCUGGUGGAUCAACGGCAACCACUACGCAAAGACGUGCGAGGACUGGCUCAAGACCCAAGAUGCCAACCAGCGAAAGUACGACUCGGUCAAGCAGCUCCGCAAGGAUGCCGCCAAGAAGGGCAAUGCCGAGAUUGAGGGCGAGAAGACUUUCUACAGGUUCAGAAUCUUUUACUUGGCUUGUGCAGAGUUCUUUGCAACCAACGGUGGAAACGAGUGGGGUGUCGGUCACUACCUGUUCUCCAAGAAGUGA